CUUUGGAUUGAACAGUCUCCUUUAUGGCUCCAGAGCGACCACGCUCACCACUUAAACACCGUCCGAUGAAACGAAAUACAACGGCUGUGAUUUCUUCUUCAUACUACCUUUGACUGAACAGUCGUAAAAUAAACGCGCCCUUUCUCGCCUUCUCAAACUUACACAAAACAAAAUAUCUCUCUCUCUCUUUCUCUCUCUGCAGCAGAAAAAUGCAAGAUCAAGCUACAAAUUCGCUGCCCUCGAGCAGCGAGAGAUCUUCGAGCUCCGCUCUUCAGAUGGAAAUGAAAGAAGGGCUCGAAAGCGACGACGAGAUAAGAAGAGUGCCGGAAAUCGGCAGCGAACAAGCCGGUCCGUCGACGUCCGGCCGGGAAGCCGGUUCGGUUGCUGGGACGGACCGGGCACAGGCCUCAACCGAACCGGGCCAAAGAAAGAGGGGGAGAACCCCAGCUGACAAGGAACACAAGCGCUUGAAAAGGCUGCUUAGGAACAGAGUCUCAGCUCAGCAAGCGAGGGAAAGAAAGAAGGCCUACUUAAAUGAGCUGGAGGUGAAGGUUAAGGACUUAGAGACCAAGAACUCUGAGCUUGAAGAGAGACUCUCCACGUUGCAAAAUGAGAACCAGAUGCUUAGACAUAUAUUGAAGAAUACUACAGUUAGUAGGAGAGGAGGAACUAGCAGUGCCAAUGAAGCGUCCAUGUGAAAAAGAGACCCCACCUGAGCUUUGUGUUAGAUGGAAAGAAUUUUGUGAAAAUUGUGUUAGAAAAUUGUAGCAAUCUGUCUCAAAAAAGGCAAGAAAAAAAAAUAUAUAUCUUAGGAUAAAUGGGUUUAUAUGGAAUGGUUCUUACAGAUAUUUGGUAUCUUUUUU